CCCAACAUGCAGCGCGGCCGCCACGCCGGGGCCGUAUCCUUUGCCCGCGAACCACAAGUCCCAUGGUACACCGCUGCCGGAAGUGGCCUGCGCCACCGGCCUACGCGGAACGGCACGUGGGCCCGGGCAGAGGCUAAGCUCGCUCUUCCUCGGGCCCUGCCUGGACAGGCCUGCCUACGUGCUGGGACAUGUCUGGCCUCCAAGGACGGUCAGUGGGUGAUGUCUGCAGCAGUGGAGGGGCCAGAGCUGGAGGCAGUAGCAGCAGCCGCAGGAGAUGCUUCAGAGGCUGCAGAUGCAGAAGAUGCUUCGGAGGCUGUGGAUGGAGGGUCCAGGGCGCUGCGGUUCCUGGGUGGCAACCGGCUGAGCUUGGACCUGUCCCCCGGGGGCUGCCACCGCCUGCUUCACCUGUGUGUCCAGCAGCCCCUCCAGCUGCUGCAGGUGGAGUUCUUGCGUCUGAGCACUCACGAGGACCCUCAGCUGCUGGAGGCCACCCUGGCUCAGGUGCCUCAGAGCCUGUCCCGCCUCUGCUCCCUGGUCCUCAAAGGAGGGCAACGCCGAGACACACUAGGUGCCUGCCUCCGGGGUGCCCUGACCACCCUGCCUGCUGGUCUGAGUGGCCUGGCCCAUCUGGCCCACCUGGACCUGAGCUUCAACAGCCUGGAGACACUGCCGGCCUGUGUCCUGCGGAUGCCAGGUCUGCGUGCCCUCUUGCUGUCCCACAACCGCCUCUCCGAGCUGCCUGAGGCUCUGGGGGCCCUCCCCGCCCUCACCUUCCUCUCCGUGACACACAACCGCCUACAGACGCUGCCCCCAGCUCUGGGGGCCCUGACCACCCUGCAGCGCCUCGAUCUCUCUCAGAACCUUCUGGACACGCUGCCUCCUGAGAUUGGAGGCCUGGGCAACCUCCUUGAGCUCAACCUGGCCUCUAACCGACUGCAGAGCCUCCCAGCCUCCCUGGCGGGGCUGCGGUCCUUGCGGCUCCUUGUCCUGCACAGCAACCUCCUGGGCUCUGUGCCAGCCAGCCUGGCCUGCCUCCCGUUCCUCACCCGGCUCGACCUGAGGGACAACCGGCUCCGGGACCUGCCCCCUGCGCUGCUGGACGCCCCCUUUGUGCGCCUGCAGGGGAACCCCCUGGGCGAGGCCUCGCCAGAAGCCCCGAGUUCCCCAGGGGCAGCCUUUGUUCCAGAAAUGCCCAGACUCUUCCUGACCUCAGAUUUGGACAGCUUUCCUGUGACCCCUGGAGGCUGCUCCGUGACCCUGGCCUGUGGCGUCCGCCUGCAGUUCCCAGCGGGGGCCACCAUCGCCCCCAUCACCAUCCGCUAUCGGCUGUUGCUGCCAGAGCCGGGCCUCGUCCCCCUGGGCCCUCAUGAUGCCCUGCUCAGCUGUGUGCUGGAGCUGCAGCCCCACGGGGUGGCCUUCCAGCAGGAUGUGGGCCUGUGGCUGCUCUUCAUGCCCCCACAGGCCCGGCGCUGCCGUGAGGUGGUGGUCAGGACCCGGAGUGACAGCAGCUGGAGUGACCUGGCGACCUUCCUGGAGGAAGAGGCACCCAAGCGGCUCUGGGCUCACUGCCAGGUGCCCCACUUCUCCUGGUUCCUUGUGGUCUCCCGCCCUGUGUCCGACGCCUGCCUGGUGCCACCAGAGGGAACACUGCUGUGCUCCUCAGGUCAUCCCGGGGUCAAGGUCAUCUUCCCCGAUGGGGCCACUGAGGAGCCUCGUCGAGUCUCCAUGCAGGUGGUGCGCAUGGCUGGCCGAGAUCUGCGAGCCCUCCUGGGAGAGCCAGAGGCCGCGGCAAGCCCCCUGCUGUGCCUCUCACAGAGCGGCCCCCCCAGCUUCCUCCGGCCCGUCACCGUGCAGCUGCCUCUGCCCUCUGGUGUCACAGGCCUCAAUCUGGACCGCUCCCGUCUGCACCUGUUGUACUGGGCCCCUCCUGCAGCCACCUGGGAUGACAUCACAGCUCAGGUGGUCCUGGAGCUCACCCACCUGUAUGCACGCUUCCAGGUCACACACUUCUCCUGGUACUGGCUCUGGUACACCACCAAGAACUGCGUGGGAGGCCUGGCUCGGAAGGCCUGGGAGCGGCUGCGGCUGCACCGGGUGAAUCUCAUCGCGCUGCAGCGACGCCGGGACCCCGAGCAGGUCCUGCUGCAGUGCCUGCCCCGAAACAAGGUGGACGCCACCCUUCGGCGGCUGCUGGAGCGCUACCGGGGCCCAGAGCCCUCCGACACGGUGGAGAUGUUCGAGGGCGAGGAGUUCUUCGCGGCCUUCGAGCGAGGCAUUGACGUGGAUGCUGACCGCCCUGACUGCGUGGAGGGCAGAAUCUGCUUUGUCUUUUACUCACACCUGAAGAACGUGAAGGAGGUGUACGUGACCACCACCCUGGACCGGGAGGCUCAGGCUGUGCGGGGCCAGGUGGGCAAGGGGGCGGGCCCCCCAGGCUGCCCGGGCACAGGGCCAAGCUCUGAACCCCAUUCGAUGCCCCCUCAGGUGUCCUUCUACCGUGGCGCAGUGCCCGUGCAGGUACCCGAGGAGGCAGAGGCUGCCCGGCAGAGGAAGGGCACGGACGCCCUGUGGAUGGCCACUCUGCCCAUCAAGCUGCCGAGGCUUCGGGGGCCCGAAGUGCCACGGCGGGGGACUGGCCUCUCCUUGGCGCCCCUGAACCUGGGAGAUGCUGAGACCGGCUUUCUGACGCAGAGCAACCUCCUGAGCGUGGCUGGGCGCCUGGGUCCGGACUGGCCGGCCGUGGCCCUGCAGCUGGGCAUGUCCUACCGCGAGCUGCAGCGCAUCCGGCACGAGUUCCGGGAUGACCUGGAUGGGCAGAUCCGUCACAUGCUCUUCUCCUGGGCUGAGCGCCAGGUUGGGCAGCCAGGGGCUGUGGGGCUCCUGGUGCAGGCCCUGGAGCAGAGUGACCGGCAGGACGUGGCUGAAGAGGUCCGGGCAGUGCUGGAGCUUGGCCGCCGCAAGUACCAGGACAGCAUCCAGCGCACAGGCUUGGCCCCCAAGGACCCGGGGGUGCCUGGCUCGUCGGCUCCACAGCCCUCAGAGCCUGCCCAGGCCUAGGCCCCACAGACUUCUGGCCGGCCUGGAGUUUUCCCAGCGGAUGGGCAGAGCCCCCACCUUCAGGCCUCUCCAGUGUGUGGGGACAGGGUUCCCCAUGGGCAUCAAACCUGCACUGUUUGAUUC